AUGCAACAUUAACAAUAAAAGUAUAUUUUGUGUGAUAAAAGUAAUCAAUCAUAAUUAUCACUCAAUUUAUCAAAGAGCUAAUAAAAAUUAGUUUGCAAAUCAAUUCAUGAUUAAAUUAAGGAAAGAACACAAUCAAAGGAAACUACUCAUAGAAGUACUCAAAACAAUUAAUUAUCUUAAAGAGUAAAAUAAUCAGGAUCAUUGAGUUCAGUUAUAGCAAAUUUCUUUGGACCUUCUGAACAGAAAAAGAAAUCUAAUGAAGGAGGUGAAAAUAUUGAAAAAUCUAAAGUUAUAGUUAUUAAAGAACUCAAAAAUUUAUUAGAAUAGAAAGAAGAAUAAAUAAAGAUAUUAAAAUAAGAAUUAUAAUCUAGUAAAUAAGGAUAAUCUAUUUGUGGAAAAUGCAAUAAUUUAAAAGAUAAACUAUAGAAAUUAUAAUCAUCCAUUAAUUAACAAUAUGAAGUGUUUUUAUAACAGUUUAUAAUGAUAGUAGAUGAUGAAAAUCAUGAAGAAAAUUUUGAAAAUGAAGAUCUAAUAAAAAAGAAAAGCAAUUAAAAAUUUAUAGAAUCAAAUACCUUUGAAUAAAAGUAAUCAAUGAUUAUUUUGAAAUCAUUCAUUGAUAAAUUAAACAAUCAAUAUGAUGAAGUUGAUAAUCGUACUAUUUCUUUGUUUAAUGCUAUGAAAAUAGAAAAACAGGAAUUAUAAUUAAGAGUUGUGGAAUUGGAAAAAAAGAUUAAAGAAUUAUAAAAUAAUGAAUAAAUUAUGUAAAAAAAAUUAGAAUAAUUAUAAAAUCCAUAUUAAAAAUAUAAGAAUUAGUUGUAAUACAGUGCAUCAUUAACAAAAAUUAUGUAUAUAUUUAAAUUGAUAUAAUAGUCCAGAAAUUGAAUGUUAAGUAAAUGUUGAGAAGAUCUUAAAUAUUGGAUAACCAUAUUUAAGAACAAGGUAUAUUAGUUAAAAAGAGAAUAAAAAUAAUUAGAUGAAUUUGUUUUGA